UAUAUCCAUCUGGUUUUUGGUUUCUCUUCCCUCCUGUUUUUCUCUCUCUCUCUCCACCCAUCCUUUUCCCUCCUUCUCUCUACCUGCUCCUUCCCUCCAUCAUCUCUCUACUCCCCCCUUCUCCCUCCAAAUUAACUCAACCCAGAAUCCAGUCCCUUCAAGAUCCAUACAUUUAGAUCCAUACAAUUCAAGUUUUCCCCGUUUGGACCACUGUCGAUCUCAAUCCCUGUAUCUAUCUCUCUAACCCAUCAUCUUAUUCAUUCAGUUCCUAGCUAGAUCAAAGUAGCGGCACACAAGUUGUAAACAACCUUAUUGCCUUUUUUUUUUCUUCUGAGAUUAACCUACUGUAGAAAGAGAGAGAGAAGAUGAUGAACCCAGCUCCAGCUACAGCAGCAGUAUCUAACAACAGCAGCAGCAAUAAUAACAUGAGUGGGCAGUUCGGUGACACCACAUACACUAAGGUGUUUGUUGGUGGGCUUGCGUGGGAGACUCAAAAGGACACCAUGAAGAAGUACUUUGAACAGUUUGGUGAAAUCUUGGAGGCUGUUGUCAUCACUGACAAGGCUUCUGGCAGAUCCAAAGGCUAUGGAUUUGUAACUUUUCGCGAUCCAGAGGCAGCCAUGAGAGCUUGUGUUGACGCUGCACCAGUGAUUGAUGGCAGAAGGGCUAACUGCAAUCUUGCUUCCUUGGGUGUUCACAGAUCCAAGCCUUCAACCCCUAAUAAACAUGGAGGAGGAGGAGGGGGUAGGAACUUUAUGGUAAUGAAUGCUUUUCAAGGAGGGUUUGGCGGAGCUGCUGCUGCUGCUGCAGCUUUUCCUUCACCAUCAAACUUUUCCCAUUAUGCCAUCCAACAAGGCAUUCCUUAUAAUCUCUAUGGGUACUCUUCGUACUCGCCAGACUACACCUACCCCACGGGUUACUACAGUGUGUAUGGAGGACUCACCGGGCAGUUUCCAAUGUAUGGAACCGGGUCCAGUGGACUGUUAUCCGGCGCGGCGGCGGCCUUUUACCCUUACUUGAAUUUCGGAGAAGGAAACGGUGGAGGCAGCACCGGGUACACGGCGGCUAGCCAGGGCUACGGCGGCGUCCAGUAUCCUCAUCACCUCUUUCCGUACUCGGCUACCGUUAACACCACCGCCGGUUACCCUGCACAGCACUUUGCCAACCCCAUUUCUCUUGCUCACACAGCUCCAAUGCAAUCAGUUUGUUUUGCUGUGCCACAGGCUUGACCAUGGCGGCGCUACGUGCACCGCUGCCUCAUCGCUAAUAGGAUGGCAUCACCCAUUAUCAAGAGAGAUGAACUUUCGUAGUCGUCGUCUUCGUCUACCUACUUAGUUACUUCUUUCAUGAUCUGAUCGAUCAAUCGAAGUACCUUUGGCCUGCCAUGGUUCCAUCUUCCACCUUUCUCUCUUCGUCGUAAACGCCGGCCCGAAUGUGGAAAUUCGGGCCUGCCCAAGGGCUGGAUCCCCCCAUAGGGGCACCAUACCCUUGCAGAGUUUAAUUUGGAGUAAAAGUUUCAGGUUUAAUUUCUUCUCUCGUAAGGAAAGGUUCCUUCAAGAGACAGAAAUUAAUAUAAUUGCAUGUGCAUCAUCACAUCACCAACUCCAGCUGGUGGUACAGCCAGGUUGGUAAUGUUUUUCUUGUCAUAUUUUUGUUGUUUCAAGAAAGACUUAGGCUUCGGAAAAGCUAAGGAAAGUGUUUGGGGAAAAAAAAAACAUUAAGAAGGGCCAAUGGAAAUGGUCCUAAUUAAUAACCAACAUAGUUUUAAUUAGCUUGUAAAUUGGACCAUGCAUCAAAAUCCCAGUUUUCAAAAGCACCUUAACGUUGAUCUUGAAGACUAAUCACUCCCUUGAAAUAAUAAUAAUAAUAAUAGUAAUAAGCAUGAUGUUGUAGUUAUCAUAAGUUAGAGUAGUCAUCAUAGUAGCUAGGGAAAUCAUCAUGGGAAUCAUGUCGGAUGACCAGAGUUUUUGCUAGUCUUAGGAUUUUACAACAUAGACUAGGAUACCCUUCUUUUUUGUGCCUCCAAAAUUUAGCAAAUUUCACAGAAAUUCCCAUCUUUCUUUAGGGUUAAGGGUGGUGGGAUUGUUAAUAUUUGGUGUUUUGGAUCAUGGACUAAAGCUUGGGGAGCUUUAGGCAUGGCAAAGUAGUGCGUACUAGGUGUAGGAGAAUAGUGCAUUUUGUUGUUAUGAAUGUGGAAGAAAUGAAGUGAUGAACUCCAUUAUUUGAGUGAAUGGAGUUGUCCUUCCAAAGAGAAGAAACCCUUGGGAGAUAUUUGGGGUCUCUUGGGUUCUUCUUCUUCUUCUUCUUUUUCUAUUAACGUGGACUUUGUCAACCAUGGUCAGGACUUAGGUCUUCGUCUCUCUCCGUCAUCUAUCUAUGUCUGCUACUUCAAGUUGCAUGCAUGCAUGGAAUUUGAAUUCAUACUUUUACCAUGUUUAAUUUGUAUAAGAUUAUGGUUUGGAUUAUUAUUGUAAGUAGGAACAAAAUUCAGUCUCCAUAGGUUGGGGAUGAUGAAUGCUCGCUUUGAUUAUUAGCUACCUACCUGCUCAAAUACUAUUUCCUUUUAAGUAAAUUAGAGACUCCUUUGCUUUUUUCUUUAA